AUGGUGUUCAAUUAUUGGUGGGGACAAAAGGAGGAAGCCCGUAAAAUUCACUGGACUAACUGGAAGCAUUUGUGCAAAUCUAAAUUGCGUGGAGGGAUGGGUUUUCGCUGCCUUAAUGAAUUUAAUACAGCUAUGUUGGCCAAACAAUGUUGGCGACUUGUGCAACAGCCUCACUCGUUGAUUGCAAGGGUGUUAAAAGCCAAGUAUUUUCCUCACACUUCGUUUCUUGAUGUGUUGCUUGGAAACAGCCCAUCCUUCACCUGGAGGAGUAUAGUCAGCUCUCGAAGCUUACUAAAUGCCGGACUACGAUGGCGAGUUGGGAAUGGUGCGAGCAUUUCGGUUAAGGAUGACAAAUGGGUUCCACGGCCUCAUACUUUAUUUUGCCACCUUCCACUCUCCCGGACAAUGCAAAGGAAGACAACAAAAGUACCCUCUUUGAGAUUUUUGGGGAAGUCAUAUGUGAAAUUGUCCUACCAAAGUCUACUCAAGGCAACUGAUGGGUUCUCUCCAGCCAACAUGAUAGGCAUGGGUAGUUUUGGUUCAGUCUACAAAGGAAUUCUUGAUCACGGUGAAAAAGUUGUUGCAGUGAAGGUACUAAACCUUCAAUUCUGUGGAGCUUCCAAGAGUUUCAUUGAUGAGUGUAAGGCCUUGAAGCGCAUCAGACAUCGAAAUCUUGUCAAGGUUUUCAUAGCAUGUUCAAGUGUUGACUAUAAUGGUAAUGAUUUCAAAGCUCUGGUUUUCGAGUUCAUGGUCAAUGGUAGCCUAGAGGAUUGGUUACAUGUAAAUGAAAAUGAAGAUGAGGUGCAUGUCGAAUCAAGAAAUUUAAACCUCCUACAAAGGUUAAAUAUUGUCGUUGAUGUUGCUUCUGCACUUGAUUAUCUUCACCAUCAUUGCUCGAAACCAAUAGUUCACUGUGAUUUGAAGCCAAGCAAUGUUCUUCUAAAUGAUGAAAUGAUUGGACAUGUAGGCAAUUCUGGGUUAGCUAGAUUCCUUCCCGAAGACACCGAUAAUUCUUUUGCAACUCAAUCAAGUUCCAUUGGCUUAAGAGGGUCUGUUAGUUAUGCUGCUCCAAAGUAUGGCAUGGGAAAUACGGUGACGACAUCUGGUGAUGUAUACAGUUAUGCAAGCGUUGUUGAUCCAACAGUAAUUCAACAAAGAGAAAUUGGAGAGGGAAGCUCAAGCACCGAAAACACUCAGAGUCAGAGCUCUACUAGCAGUCAUAAAACUUAUGAGUUCUUGAUUUCAAUACUUAAUAUUGGAAUCGCAUGUUCACAAGAACUACCAAGAGAUAGACCAACCAUUAAUCAUGUUGUUACUCAGUUGCUUGUGAUCAAGAACAACCUUCUUGGAACUGAUGGAGUUCAUGGAGGAAGAAGAGCUAGAAUUACAGUGUGA